CGGAGCGGUUCAUCAGCAGCGCUGUCGGGAGAGAGAGAGCGCGCGUGAGGAUCUUUCUCCGCUCUGCGCUGUGACGGAUCGCUGCGGUUCGGGAUCUCAGAGGAGCUGGGAAUCCUCGAGGGAAUCUCUGCUGAAGAUCAUCUGGAAUAAAUCGCCAUCCUGCAAGUCAUGGAUCUGGCGCCGGCUGAGACGAACGCACUCCCUAACGGGAAAGGGCACGAAGGAGGAGCCGAGACGACCGCCAUGCCUACCUCGACCAAAUCCCAAUCAGACGGCACGGCUCAUCCCAGCAGAGUGACAAGAAACACUGAAGCCAACAUGGCUGAGAGUUCAGAGUUCCUCUCUGACAGCGAUGACAAGAAACCGCCGCGAUUCACAGACUUUGAAGGAAAGACUUCGUUUGGGAUGUCGGUCUUCAACCUGGGAAACGCCAUCAUGGGGAGUGGGAUUCUGGGAUUGGCCUACGCCAUGGCGAACACCGGCAUCGUCAUGUUUCUGUUCCUCCUGACGGCCGUGGCGUGCCUCUCGGCCUACUCCAUCCACCUGCUGCUCAAAGCCUCGGGCGUCGUCGGUAUCCGUGCAUACGAGCAGCUGGGGUUUCGAGCGUUUGGUACGCCGGGCAAAAUGGCCGCCGGCAUCGCAAUCACGCUGCAGAAUAUCGGAGCCAUGUCCAGCUAUUUGUAUAUCAUGAAGUAUGAAUUUCCUCUGGUGAUUCAGGCCUUUCUCAAGGUGGACACACCAUCUGGGGAAUGGUAUCUGAACGGUAAUUACCUGGUGGUCAUCGUGUCCAUCUGCGUCAUUCUACCUCUGGCUCUGAUGAAGCAGUUGGGUUAUCUGGGCUACACCAGUGGGUUUUCUCUCAGCUGCAUGGUCUUCUUCCUUAUCGCAGUGAUCUAUAAGAAGUUCCAUGUGUCGUGUCCCUUCACUGACUUCUCCAAUCGGACGGUGGGGUUCAACAGCAGCGGGGUGGUGGUGGAGCACAGUGGGGUCACCAUGACGCCUGAGGAAGACCCCUCCUGCACCCCUCACAUGUUCAACCUCAACACACAGACAGCCUACACCAUUCCCAUCCUGGCGUUUGCCUUUGUGUGCCACCCAGAGGUGCUGCCGAUUUACACCGAGCUGCGCAACCCCACCAAGAAAAAGAUGCAGCAUGUGUCCAACAUCUCCAUCGCUAUCAUGUACGUCAUGUAUUUCCUGGCUGCACUGUUCGGAUAUCUGACCUUCUACGAUAACGUGGAGGCUGAGCUGUUGCACACCUACAGCAAGAUCGACGCAUACGACACACUGAUCCUGUGCGUGCGUGUGGCUGUACUGACCGCUGUCACACUCACCGUCCCUAUCGUACUGUUCCCCGUGAGGCGAGCCAUCCAGCAGCUCUUCUUCCCCAACAAGACGUUCUGGUGGCCGAGACACAUCGCCAUCGCCAUCCUGCUCCUCACCACCAUCAACCUGCUCGUCAUCUUCGCUCCCAACAUCCUCGGCAUCUUCGGGGUCAUAGGUGCUACCUCCGCCCCGUGUCUCAUCUUCAUCUUCCCGGCCGUGUUCUACAUCCGCAUUGUUCCCAAAGAGGAUGAGCCCGUUCGCUCAGCGCCCAAAAUCCUGGCUACCUGUUUCGCUGGUCUCGGUGUCCUGUUUAUGAUCAUGAGCCUGAGCUUCAUAAUCAUCGAUUGGACGUCAGGGAGCAGCAAAUCCAACAGUGGUCAUUAGGCCGCGCCCACAUUUAAUAUGCUUGUUUUUUUUAACAGCUGUGUGUGUCUGGUGUAAUCCUCUGCCAGGGCCUUCGCGUGUGUGUGUGUGUGUGUGUGUGUGUGUGUGUGUGUGUGUGUGUGUGUGUGUAACUCAUGGCAAAAUAACCGAUGCUGAUGAUGCUGAUGGUGAUGAUGAUGAUGAGGACUCAGUAGUGAUUGCAGCAGGAUGUGGACUCAUAAACCUCCUGUUAAAUAAUGUUUUUGCAGUUUUUCCCCCCAAUCUGAUCCGUCACACAAAUUUUAAUAAAACCAGACCAGUUUGUUUUGUCAGCUUGAUUGUGAUCCCUGCCCUUUGACCUUUGACCUCAGGCACAGAAAGAUCUGGGGUCAGCGAAGCAGGGUAUUUAUUCAGGUUGAUGAGGAUUACCCGGAUGCUUGUUUUUGGAUAGUGUAGCCUUUAUAACCUCUCUCUCUCUCUCUCUCUCUCUCUCUCUCUCUCUAUGUGGCAAUAAUCUCUGCAAUAACUGCGAAACACUGGAGUGAGAGGUCGUUGCCAUGACAGCACCAGGGUCACCCAAUGUCUCUCUCACACAGUUGCUGUUGUAGCGUAUAUUGUUGAGCGGGUUCACCCUGUGGCAGAAUAUGCAAACUGUAAAUAACGUGCGUCAGUUAUUUUUAUGUCUGGAUUUAUCAGUUGUUCAUUGUUUCUACCUGACAGAGCACAAGGAUAAAUAUAAAGCUGUGUGUGAUGGUGGUGUGUUUGAUCUCUGACCACGAGCACAUCAUUGUUCCUGGAACUGAGUCGAGCUGGAGUGUGAAAAUAGGCACAAGGAAAACUGUGAAGGAACAAUGUAGUGUAGAGCGACAAACAGAAAAAGAGAUUUUUUUUUGAGAGAGAGAGAGAGAGAGAGAGAGAGAGAACAGUUACACAGUAGAAAAACAUUUCAGGAUGGAUGAGUGGAGAGAUAUAACCUCGCUGCUGCAACCUGUUGCUCACUCUUUCUGUAUCGAUGACACGUGUCAUCACAUGGUCAUGCUCAUGGACUCAAGUCGUCAUGGAGAUUUUCGUUCUGUCAAUCACGCACAUUUCAAGUGAUACAAAUAUAUCCUGAAACGCAUCACAAUCACAACACAAAGAUCACGCGCGAACUCCAGCUGGACCAAACUGAAGACAGGAGCGCAUCUGCAAAUCACAGGUUGAUAAUCAGCUGCGUUAUCGUUUCUAUAGCAACAGAUCCUUCACGGUGACUCCAACAGCGGACGCUGAUAAUACGCUAAUCAUAAUCACGCUAUGUAACGUGUGUAACCGUCGACGUGGUGAUGUUUUGUGUAAAUGUAGGCAAACGUUGAUGGAAGGAGUCUCCAGUGUCAGAGGUAAAGCUGUGACUUGAAGUUUUCCGACAUCUUCAGGACAGAGGAGGAGGAGCUUACGCUGUGUGGUUCAUAUGGAACAUAACAAGCUGUGUUUUAUUUUUGUAUUAUUAUUAUUAUUAUUUUUGUCUUAACUUCACGAGUGAAGAAUUUGAGGCUGAUGAGAGAACAGGUUUUUAUAGCUGCUCUAACCUUUGCGCUUAGUGUAAAUCUAAAUGGAUAAAAAGUACAAUGUUGCUUUACAAGUGAAAAAUUACGAGAUCAGAGGAAUAAAACACUUUUGCAUCAACUUCAGGGUCGUAACAGUAACUCUGCUCCAGCUUUACUCCAACUGCUCGCUGAUUGUUUUGCUGUAAAAGCAUGACACGGAGUGUGUUAUUCUCUGCGUCACACGUCAGAUUCUGCGACAAGACUCCAGACCACAGGGGCGGGGCUUGAAGAGAUGAGUGUUUCUAAUUUGCAUAUUCAUAGAAUGAUAAAAGGGGAGAAUUUUGGCACCUUAGUUUUGUUGUGUGAGGUUUUCAGAAAGGUUUUGAGUGCCACGAUGACGACGUAACGUUUCUGAGUCAAUCAAACAGGACAUGACUUUCGAAUAUUAACAAUCGACACUAACAGAAAUAAUCCUGAUUUACUUCUCUUCUGCUUUGAAAUCUUCAGCAACUUCGACUCCCAGAUGGUGUUUAACACGACGGCUAAUUAUCCGGAGCGAUCUCAGAAUGAAAGGAAAUUAAUUAAUCGUGAGCAUGAUCAUUGGAUGACGAUGGAACACAGUAGCUUCAGCACUUUCUGCGAUAAAGCACAAUUUAGAGCCAUUAAAAUACUUAACCUACUGUAGAGACCAACAACAGGAUACAAAAAAUCUCUAUUAUAUUUUAUUAGUCAGAGUUCUAUAGCCUUUAUACUACUAAAUGUUUGUAAGGAACAUAUUGUGUGUGUGUGUGUGUGUGUGUGUGUGUGUGUGUGUGUGUGUGUUUAUGCCUGAGGUACUUUUCACUCGUCGCUGUAGUCGCGUUCGGUGAUCAGACAGAUCGUUAGAUGGAUCAACGUCUUAAACAUCUCGUCGUGUCCCGUGUCAGUGGUUUCAAUAUCCGAGCUGCAAAAUUAUCCGAGUCACACACUGUAAAAAAAAGAAAGUGAAAAUAUCUUGACUAUGGACAGAUGUAUGGAAUAUUUAACAAUUAUUCACCAGAGGUGAAGUGAAUAUCGGUGAAUAAUAUCUGAGAUGAAGUUGAGGUUAUUAUUCACCGAUAUUCACUGAGCCUGAGGUGGAAAAUUGUUUAAGUAUAAAUACACAGGUGAUUAUUUUAAAAAAAUUAAAAAUCGUAUUUAAAAAAAUAAUUUAUUCCAAACUUCAAAAGCUUCAUGUAAAUGUAAUAGCGGUGCGGCGCAGACUUGUGUCGCUUAUCUACACCGACUCACAUAAAAUACUUUGUUUUGAAACAGAUAAAAUAAAUCACAAUCCCACCUGACCUUUAAAUAGUUUUAUGCUGCGUUCAUGUGCUAUGGGAAGAUGAUAUUUUCCAGUUGGGAAGUGGUAUUUACCAGUGUGUUGUGUUCACAUGCUUUUGUUGUUGUUGACAAAUUAAAGAUGGUGGACCAGAUUCAAGUUAGCAAUAGUUAGUUAGCUAUCGUUAGCAAUAGCGUCUGCUCUGGAUAGGUAAAAACAAACCAUAACAACACAUUUUUAAAGGAAACGGAUUUCUAAUGUAUUAUAUUACACUUGUUAAUGACGCAACAUUGCAUAGACACAAAAAACUACCCACUAGUACUAGUAAAAAAAAAAAACUUUAGUAGCGUACAGUGCUUAACAUUCAAGUGUCUUGUACCGCUCGCCGCCAUGUUGAAAAGGUUAAAGUUCAUCUCAUCUCGGCAACUCGUGUAUCAAAAUUUUCUACGAGUUGCCCAGUGGAAAAUACCACAAGAGGGGGCGUUCAUGUGUGCUUUCCAUGUCGGCGUUUGGUAUUUACCAUAAUUCCCAUAGCACAUGAACGCAGCAUUAGACCAAACUUCGGCGCAUGCUUUUAUUUUAGGAACAGCAUUUUCUUUCAUCAUGAAUUCUUCCUCACUUACGGUGGCGAAGCGAUCGGAUGCUGUUUUGCCGAGUCGCUCGAGAUGAUUAUUGAGAAAUAGUCUGAAUUUCUCGACCAAUCAUAGCGCACGAUUUCCUAUCAUCACCUGCAUAUUUAUACUAAUUCUUAUCAUGAUAUUAUCACUCAAAUAUAAGAUGAUUAAACUUAUUUGUAGAUUUUUUUGCUCCAAAUUUGGAGCUUGACAUUUUCUUUGACAGGCAGAUGAAAGAAAAAAAUGUUGAGAUACUUCAAGGGUUUGUUGUUAUUUGAUAAAAUGAAUUGGACUAUACUCAAGCUACAUUUCACUUUAUUUUGCAGUGUAUUAAUAAUAUUAAUAAUAAAUCCUCCAGCAUUAUGUGCUUCAAUAAUACCCUGUGUCGUGAGUUUAACUUUUUUACAAGAGCACAGUUUAUAAUCCCAGUGUAAAGUGCUAUAUUUAAGAAGCACAGAAAAGUAAGUACAAUAUAAAAAUCACAAAAUAUACAACUAUAUGUUUAUAUAUCGAUCAGCUCUUCCAUCGCUUGUGAUUAUAAUCCACCUGGAUUCAGGGUUUGAGGCAGAAGUCGUCCCAGAGAGCAGAUUUAUUUCAUGAUGAAUAUAUUUUUAAUGACUCUAGUAUUCAUGUUCCUGUAUAUUUUCAUAUCAUGAUGUUGAUGUUUUGACUACAAGUGUGACAGUGACAGUAAAACAUACGUAUAACCCUCAGUACAGACUCAGUGUGUGAGACAUUUAUGAAAAGGUAAAAAAAAAAUGGAGUGAGUCAAAGGUUUUAGUUUUUGUAGAAGUGUAUUUGUGUGUGUAGUAAAUACUGUAUGUUUACUUAAUCUCUGUACUCUGGACUUAAUGAAGUGUGUGUGUGUGUGUGUGUGUGUGUGUGUGUGUGUGUGUUCAUGACUGACACAGUGGCAUUUAUAAAUGAUGAAAAUAAUUAU